AUGCAGUCGCAAGAUCCAGAUAUCGACACAAGGCGCAGUGUCUUCUGGGUGGGCAAUGUCCAUUGUGCUUCAUGCGUGGCCUAUGUAACCGAGAUCCUUUCUGAAAUCCCAACCGUCAAAGACAUCGACGUAUCCAUCCUCACCCAUGAGGUGCGAGUCACCCAUGGGAUUAUUGUACGGCCUGCAGAUCUUGUCGCUACUUUAAUCCAUGCCGCUUUCGAAGUACACCAUGUUACAACAUAUGAUGCCAUGGGGACAGCCAUCUCCGAGCUGGAUACCACAACUUGGAACACUCGCGGGUCGAUGUUGUUCACUACGCCCCGGACAUCAUAUUCCAGUCUGUCCUCCAAUAUCAAAGAAAAGUUGCACACAAGCCGAGAGAAACGUCAUAUUGCCAACUGCGAUGCAUGCAAGAAAGAGGAUAUCGAUGGCCUCUCCCGUCAUUCUACCUUGACAGAGACUGGCAUUCCACAUGAGAAAAUCACAUCGGAUGAAGCUUGGGACACCGAUCUUGAGGCCGGUCAAGGACGGACUAAGAAUGCUUUCCAACCAUCACCAUCGUGUAGCCCAAUACCUGCUUCUACUUCCACUCUAGCAGGGCAUAAUUCUCCACAGAUUCCUCCUCAAAUACCUGAGGUCCCGGAACAGCCUCCGUCAGGAUCAAGUGACGAUUUCCUUGCGCGAAUCAGCAUUGGAGGCAUGAGCUGUGCAUCAUGUGUCAAUAGUGUUACCGCUGCAGUUGAAGAACUCGAGUGUGUCAAGGAAGUCACCGUCAAUCUCCUUACAAAUAGUUCGACCGUGAUAUUUAUUGGACCUCGAGAAAAUGUUACAAAUAUCACCGAACAAAUUGAAGAUAUUGGAUUUGAAGCUUUUCUUGAUGAAGUGAAUGCCCUGUCUACCCUCUCCAAACCUACCCUCUCCAAACCCGAACCGACCACGACAGGUUUUGUCACUGAGAUUGCAAUCACUGGCAUGACUUGUGGAUCCUGCGUUGGAUCUGUCACGCGAGGUUUAGAAGAACUUCCAUUUGUCAAAAAUGUCUCUGUGAACCUAUUGUCCCAUAGCGGCAGAGUGGAAUUUGAAGGUCGAGAGAACCUAGACAAUAUUGUGGAGAAGAUUGAGGAUCUUGGGUAUGAUGCCGUUGUCAACAGUGUCCAGUCUCUCGAGAAUAAAAAGGCAACUAUUCAGGCAAGAACAAUCUCCAUCCAUGUUGAUGGAAUGUUCUGCCAUCAUUGUCCAGAGAAAAUCCUCGCCUCUUUGGAGUCUCUCCUAAAUGUCACCGUGGAAGAGGUACCUUUGGAGAAGAACCCUAUACUUAAAUUGACAUACACCCCCGAACCACCCGUUUUGACGAUCCGAACGAUUCUCACGGCAAUAAAUGAAGCCCACAGCUCUUUCAACGCAAGCAUUCAUCACCCGCCUAGUAUCGAAGAGCGCUCUCGCGCCAUGCAACUGCAUGAACGAAGCAAGCUCUUGUUCCGUCUACUGUUUGUCUUCGCCGUGGCCAUUCCGACAUUCCUUAUCGGCAUUGUCUUCAUGUCCCUCGUGUCCUCGCACAAUCCAACCCGACAGUACCUUGAACAGAAAAUCUGGUCUGGAAGUGUGACGCGCACCGAAUGGGCGCUCUUCAUCAUGGCAACGCCCGUUAUGGUCUACGGUACUGAUGUAUUCCAUGUUCGAGCGAUGAAAGAAAUCCACGCACUCUGGCGCCCUGGAAGUCGAGUACCGAUUUUGCGGAGGUUCUACCGCUUUGGUAGCAUGAAUCUCCUGAUCUCCGCAGGAACUGCAGUCGCCUACUUCUCCUCGCUGGCAGUACUCAUUGUUGAUGCUGUAGCAGGAACGAAAGCAAGUGCGGUCAGCACGACAUACUUCGACUCGGUUGUCUUCUUAACUCUUUUCAUUCUUGCCGGCCGAUUCUUGGAGGCAUACAGCAAAGCUAAAACUGGAGAUGCAGUCUCAUCCUUGGGAAAUCUUCGUCCCUCCGAGGCGCUAUUGGUCCAAAACAGCGCGGACUCGGAGUCAGACUCCGAUCGCAUGACUCGCGUUGCGGUUGACCUUCUGGAGGUGGGCGACAUUGUUCGCAUUCCGCACGGUGCUUCUCCUCCGGCUGAUGGAAUAGUGGUUGGCGAAGGAGCCUAUCAGUUUGACGAGAGCUCCUUGACUGGAGAGUCGCGCCCUGUCAAGAAGGCUGCUGGUGACCAAGUCUACACGGGCUCUGUAAAUGUCGGCCAACCUGUACACAUAGAAGUCACUGAACUCGGCGGGUCGUCUAUGCUCGAUCAAAUCAUCGCAGUUGUGCGUGAAGGUCAGAGUAAGCGUGCUCCACUUGAGAGAGUGGCCGAUCUGAUCACAUCCCACUUCGUGCCUGCAAUUACUUUGAUUGCUAUCCUCACAUUCAUCAUCUGGCUUGCUCUAGGCCACUCGGGCGCAUUGCCUGGCGAUUAUCUAGAUGUCGCACAGGGAGGAUGGACAUUCUGGAGUCUGGAAUUUGCCAUCGCAGUCUUUGUGGUCGCUUGUCCCUGUGGAUUGGCCCUUGCCGCCCCUACAGCCUUGUUCGUCGGUGGUGGUCUUGCAGCAAAACAUGGUAUUUUAGUUAAGGGUGGUGGCGAAGCGUUCCAAGAAGCCAGUCGGCUCAAUGCCAUUAUCUUCGACAAGACUGGUACAUUGACCGAAGGAGGAAGCCUCAAAGUCUCAGACCAUGAAGUAUUGGUCAGCGAUGAGGACCUUCAAAAGGUCGCAUGGGCUCUCGCCCGCAAGAUGGAGGAGAGCAGCAACCACCCUAUCGCGCAAGCAAUCUCAGCUUUCUGUGAAUCAAAGCCCAGCGUCAACGUUCUCACCUCCGACAUCCACGAAAUAAGCGGUCAAGGAAUGAAGGGAACCUUCACCGUCUCUGCUGAUGGAGCAGAACAGAAAUACGAAGCUGCCAUCGGCAACGAGCGCCUCCUAAAUAGCAUCCUGCCAGACGGAUCAGACUCCUACUUCGUCUCAAAUCUGCUAUCCCGAUUCCAAACAGCCGGCAAAUCAACCGCUAUCCUCUCCCUGCGCGCUGUCAACCCACAAGACUCGCAAUCACCCUUCAUCCCCGCGGUCGUGUUUGCAACCUCAGAUACUAUCAGACCCGAAGCGGUGGGCGUGAUCUCCGAGCUCCAAAAGCGCCACGUCGAAGUCUUCAUGUGCACAGGCGAUAACCAGACAACCGCGCACGCGGUCGCAGACAUGCUAGGUAUCUCGCGGUCAAACGUCAUGGCCAACGUCCUCCCAGCAGAGAAAGCUACUUUCGUCUCUCGCGUUCAAGAUGGCUCGGUAAAGGGCCCGCAUGACCAGUCCAGCACACGACCCAUUGUUGCGUUCGUCGGCGACGGUGUGAAUGAUUCCCCUGCACUCGCCGCUGCAGAUGUGAGUAUCGCUAUGGCGUCUGGGUCAGAUGUUGCGAUCAACUCCGCUAGUUUCAUUCUGCUCAAUUCGGAUCUGAGUACGAUACUUCAGCUUGUCCUUCUUAGUCGGCGGGUGUUUAUGCGUGUGCGAUUGAACUUUUGUUGGGCGCUUGUUUAUAAUGUUUGUCUUAUCCCUGUGGCUGCUGGUGUUUUCUAUCCUAUUGUCAGUGGGCAUCAUCAGAAGACUGUUGGUGGUGAGCUGGUUACUGUUAAUGAUCAUUGGAGACUCAGUCCGGUGUGGGCUGCGUUGGCGAUGGCGUUGAGCAGUAUCUCGGUUGUCUCUAGUAGUUUGGCUUUGAGGGUUGGUAUGGACAGUGUUAAGAAGGUGCUUGGCUUGAAGAAGUGA